CGGGUGGCGGGCAGCGGGCGGGUAGCCUGCCGGCUUGUUGUCGGCUAUGGAGGACUACGAGGAGGAGCUGUACGGCAUUGAGGACGACUUCCACAACCAGUUCGCGGCCGAGCUCGAGGUGUUGGCCGAGCUGGAAGGGACUCCGGCCCUGCCGCCCUCCGGGAGCCCGCAGCUCCCUGCAAGCCGGCGCCAGCUGACCUUCGAGGAGGCUAUCACUGGCGGAGAUGUCGUCCCGCUCCCCCUUCCCUCUGGGUGUCCAGGGAACGGCAGCCACAGUGUCAGGAAGACUGCUCCUAGGGAUGAUCCCUUGCCCCUCACCCCUAGGAGCAAACGACCCCGGCUGGAGGUGGUGAAGAGGCUGAAUUUCGAGCCAGAGAUGGAGGAGGCUCUGUUUCUGGACUCCCAUCUAGGGAGCAUCACUCCCCCGCUGAGUCCUGAGGUCCCCUCUGAGCUUUGGGAGGCUGGGCCCCUGGACGCUGCUGUUGACAAGGGUACAACACAGGCUGUGCCAGGCCUUCGUAAUCCUGUCCUGAGACGGCCCCCUGUCUUGGAAGAUUACAUCAAUGUGACAUCCACAGGUGGAGACCGGGCCUUUCUGGUGUUGCAUGCUGACCCCACAGGGACUGGGGUGCAGAAUCCUCUUCCAGAUGUCCAGUGGAGAAGCUGUGGCCAGCUGAACCUGCUGGGUGUACCCUUCACCGUCCUGAAGGAGCAUGUUGACAGUGAGCGACGGCACCGUGUGCUUCAGGAGGCCCAGCAGCUCUCAGACACUCUGCACAGUCUCAGGUCUGAGCAGGAGGAGGCGCUGCCUGUAGGGAACCCCAGCGAGGAACAGGCCCACAGCCAAGACACCGUACAGCACUGCCUCUGGGUGGAUGAGUUUGCCCCCCAGCACUACACGGAGCUCCUCAGUGAUGAUUUCACCAAUCGCUGCCUCCUCAAGUGGCUGAAGCUGUGGGACCUCGUGGUGUUUGGCCACGAGAAGCCUGCCCGGAAGCCCAGACCUGGUACAGAGGCAGCUCGGGUUGGGAAGGAGGCUGCAGCCCCUGGCAAGUGGAAAAGCUAUGAGCAAGUAUUGGAGGAGAUGCUGGAGGCUGAGCUGGACCCCAGCCGGCGGCCCCGGCAGAAGGUAGCACUGCUGUGUGGCCCCCCCGGACUGGGUAAGACCACACUGGCACAUGUGGUCGCACGGCAUGCAGGGUACUGUGUGGUGGAGAUGAAUGCAAGUGAUGACCGCAGCCCUGAGGCCUUCCGCACGCGUAUUGAGGCCGCCACGCAGAUGGAGUCGGUGCUGGGCGCGGGUGGGAGGCCCAACUGUUUGAUCAUUGAUGAGAUUGAUGGGGCCCCCACGGCCGCCAUCAGUGUUCUCUUGAACAUCUUGAAUCGCAAGGGUCUGCAAGAGGCUGACCCAGAAGGGCCAGCUGUGCUUGUGGGUGGGGCCCGGCGGCGCAGGGCCGAGGGGGGACUUCUGACAAGGCCUAUCAUCUGUAUCUGCAAUGACCAGUUCACGCCAUCUCUGCGGCAGUUGAAGCAGCAGGCCUUCCUCCUCCAUGUCCCUCCGACUCUACCCUCCAGGCUGGUGCAGCGGCUCCAGGAGAUUUCCCUGCGGCAGGGCAUGCAAGCUGACCCGGGUGCCCUAGCUGCCCUCUGUGAGAAAACCGAUAAUGACAUCCGUGCCUGCAUCAACACCCUACAGUUCCUUUAUGGGCGAGGCCGGCGGGAGCUGAGUGUGCGGGAUGUGCAGACUGCCCAUGUUGGUCUGAAGGACCAGCGCAAGGGUCUCUUCUCUGUGUGGCAGGAGGUCUUCCAGUUGCCUCGGGCUCAGAGGCGACUUGUGGGCCAGGACCCAACCCUUCCAGCUCAUGCUGUCCUACUCAGUGACAGGGACAAAGGCUCUCUGACCCUGGCCUCUCAACGCUUCUACCACAUCCUGCGUGUCACCACUUCUGCAGGCGAGCAUGAGAAGGUGGUCCAGGGCCUGUUUGACAACUUCCUGCGCCUGCGGCUGCGGGACUCCAGUUUGGGCACUGUGUGCUGUGCCCUCGACUGGCUGGCCUUUGAUGACCUGCUGGAGCAGGCGGCCCACCACAGCCAGAGCUUCCAGCUUCUCCGCUACCUGCCCUUCCUGCCAGCGGCCUUCCACGUGCUCUUCGCCUCCAGCCACGUGCCCCGGAUUUCCUUCCCCAGCAGCCAGCAGGAGGCCCAGACCCGGAUGAAUCACACUAGGAACCAGAUCCAGAUGCUAGUGUCGGGCAUGGCACCAGCCACCCGUAGCCAUGCCACACCCCAGGCCCUUGUUCUAGACACCCUCUGCCUGCUCCUCGAGGUCCUUGCGCCCAAGCUGCGCCCUGUGAGCACACAGCUGUACAGUGCCCGUGAGAAGCAGCAGCUGUCCAGCCUCGUGGGGACCAUGCUGGCCUACAGUCUCACCUACCACCAGGAGCGCACACCUGAUGGCCAGUACCUCUAUAAGCUAGAGCCGAACGUGGAACAGGUCUGCCGCUUCCCUGAGCUUCCUGCCCGCAAACCCCUCACCUACCAGGCCAAGCAGCUCAUUGCCCGGGAGAUUGAAGUGGAGAAGAUGCGGCGGGCAGAGGCUUUGGCCUGGGCUAGAAGUGGCCCUCAGGUGGACCAGAGUCCUGUAGGGCCUGAAAAUGUGGGAGACAGUGGGAAUAAAGGGAUAAGGCCACCUGCCCCACGCAACCAUGAGCAAAGGCUGGAACACAUCAUGAAGAGAGCAGCUGUGGAGGAGCAGCCUGAAAGGGACUUCUUUGGACGUGUGCUUGUCAAGAGAGUGGCAGUCCCAAGCCCAGAGGCUGAAGCCCCCAAGAAGGACACAGCUGAGUGGCACAUGGGCGUGGCUGUGGGCAGAAGUGAGGUGUGGUUCCGGUUCAAUGAGGGUGUCUCCAAUGCUGUGCGACGCAAUGUGUACAUCAAGGACCUGCUGUAGCCUCACUGCCCUGACACCAGGUUGCUGGCUGCCAUGGAACUUAUAAGCACUGAUACCAGCUGGGCGUGGGGGCACACACCUUUAAUCCCAGCACUCAGAAAGCAGAGAUAGGCGGAUCACUAUGAGUUCAAGGUCAGCCUGGACUAGAGUGAGACCCUACCUCGAAAAACAAAAAAACAAAAACAAACAAAACGCACAGAUACCAAGAGAAGUCUUUAUGAAGUUGCACCUUACACAUGGAGAUGGGGUCACAGAAUGGAGCACUUGGCCUUCUCCACCCAAGGGUUAUUCUUCAUCAAGUCAGGGUUCAGGAAGGGGUCCUUGGGGAUCCCAUCCUCGAUCCACUUGAGGAGCCUAUGAAUGGGGGCUGCAGUGAGUGCUGACCUCUUCUGUCAUUUGCCCACCAAAGCUGGAGAUUCUGGCCCCCUCAACCAGUGAAGGGGCAGGCAAAUAACACAUCAGAGGGGCCACUCACUCAGGGAUGGUCUUGGAGGACAUCUCUCUCUUGAAGGCCAGUUGGUACUUAAGACUUUCUACCUCUUUCUUCAUCUGGGGGACAUCCCACUCCUCCAUGGCAUCGGGGCCUUCGGAAGUAGCCAGCCUGAGGCUGCCGGACAGUGGAAGAGGCAAGAGUUGGGUCUAUAGUCAUUUCCCAGGACAGUAAGGGUUCUACCUGCUACCCAAGGGCGAUUACCCCUGGUCCCCCACCACCCAUCUGCCCUUCCUGAGGUCCACAGUGGUAGUGCUGGGAACUACAAGGCCCUGCUAAUGAGGCCUACUGGGCUUCCCCUGCCCGGUGGGGCUGAUUAGCUGCAAAGCAAACUUCAUACUUGGCACUUUGGAUCUCAUGACCCAGCCUAGCUAGGAAGAUACCCCCCCCUCAUUCCCACCCUGUCCCUGGCUACAGCAGUCUCCUACUCUCUGGGGCCCACUUCCAACUUGGAGCCACCCCACAGAGGCUGGAUGCUGCCUGACCCUGGGUGCCUCUUUUGCAUGGGCAGAGACUAGGUUCAACCUGGAGCCUGGAGGAUUUGGCUGCAAUUUGCAUCUGGUGAGGUGGGAUAUGUCCCUAGAAUCUGGGGACAGAGGCUUCCCAGCAAGCCCAGGACUUGGGGUGUGGGUAGCCUCCUGGGGCCAGUGUUUGACAAGCACCAGUCACCAACCUGUCAAUUGGAGGAGAGCCAGUUGGGGGUAGCCGGGGUGGUCACCUCUUGCUCCACCCAGGUUUCACACCCCAACCCCACUUCCUUGACCUUGGGAGGUUGUCUAGCAACCUAUGGAGUGCUAGCCUUCCAACAUGAAGUUGCUUGCCCUUACCCUAGGCAGGGUCCAGGGCCUGGUGGUGCUAACCCUAGAGGGGCCGAUGUCAAAGACCUCCCCACCUCCCAAGGACCCCAGAUGCCCACCCUGGCAAGACUCCUUCUCUGACUAUGCGUGAACAGCCACGUGGG